GAGCGAACGUCAGGGAGGGAAGGUGUGUCGUGCGUCUGUGCGGGGAAAUCGUCACACCCCUCUUCGUCAGGGUCAUAUAUUUUUUCCUUCUGGGGGGGAUUUCCAGCGUCUCAGGUCUUUUCUAACAAGUGAUCGGUCCUCCCAGAAAGUCAGACCAGGCGUGAGAGUGAUUUUUUGACCCGUUUUUUUAUCGUUUAUAUUUUUUUCUCUCGUAUACAAAAGCUCUCGGAAAUUCGUCCAGCAAUUUACACAUUUCAAAGGGGACGUGUUUCAAAAGGCAAUCUAUAAUUUCCCCCUUUGCUUGGUGAUUUCCCCUUCCCUCCCCCUUUCCCCUACCCCCUACCUCCUCGUCGACAUGUAUCUAAAAAAGUGAAAGAAGAUAAAUAUACAUAAAUAGUGUGGCGUAAAUAUAUAUACGUGUCAGAUCCGUAAAAUUCCUGGCCGUCUCGAUGUCCGAAAGCAUGCAUCUGCAGGGAACUUUUUACAUCUUGAAUAAACGUUGCAAAGUUACGCUUACGGACGAUGGCAUUAGCUGGGAACCAGAAGGAACACCUGAUUACGGAGCGCCAGGGCCACGGGCGGGAGCUGGUGGAGAAGCACGCCCUCGAGCGCGGGCGCGUGGACGGCGUGGUGGUGGUGGGCGGCGAUGGCUUAGUCAACGAGGUGGUCACGGGGCUGCUGCUGCGGGCGGCGAGUGACGCGGGCGUGGAUCCCCAUGACCCGGAGACGUCUCUGCCGCCCACGAUGCUCAGGGUCGGCAUCAUUCCAGGUGGCAGCACGGACGCCACCUGUCACGGCACGCACGGAACGAGUGACGUCACGACGGCUGCGCUUCACAUCAUUAUGGGCGACAGCCGGAGCGUGGACGUGGCGGCGGUGCACGGCCAGGGGCAGCUCCUGGGCGUCGCCACCACCAUGGUCUCCUACGGGUACUUCGGCGACCUCCUGCAGUCGUCGGAGCGGUGGCGGAAGCUGGGGCCGUCGCGCUACAUCGUGUCCGGCGUGCUGCAGGUCAUCCGCAACAGGUCGUACGAGGGGCAGGUCCGAGUGCGGUACCCGGCCACGCCCCUCGCGCAGCCCGACGACCCGAGGCCCUGCAGCCAGCACUGCGGCGUCUGCUCCAAGGCGUCGCGCGCCGCGCCCCUGCCCGGAGAGUGGCAUCAGUUCAGCGGGCGGUGGAGCGUCCUGACGUCGGCCGUGGCGUCGUGCUCGUGCCGCCUGACGCCCCACGGGGUGUCCCCGUCGGCGCACCUCGGCGACGGCUGCGCGGACCUCAUCCUCGUCUCGGGCGGCUCCAGGUUCCGCAUCCUCAGCUACCUGUACCGCACCAGCUGCACGGGCAAUUCGUUGAGCCUGGGCCACGUGGACGUCCACCGCGUGCAGGAGCUCCAGUUCACGCCCAAGCUCUCCGGGCCGCAGUCCUCGUGGAACUGCGACGGCGAGCAGCUCAACGAACCGGCGCUGGCGAUCAAGAUUCAUUGCCAGCGAUUGAAACUGUUCUGUCGCGGAGUCGAACACAGGACCGAUGAUUCGCCGAAGUCAGCGCCAAAGACCAAAACGGCUUCCCCUUAAUAAAUAUCUGUUAAUUUAGGUGUUUUUAUGUAUAUAUAUAUUUAUUUAUAUAUAUAUUUUUUUCUUAGUUUUAUUUUGUUCGCGACAAUGAUUAUUUAAGGAUUUUUUAAAAAGACGAUUUUAAGUUUUUAUUUAUUUGUUCGUUCGUUUUUUAAAAUUGACCAAGGAUUUGUAUUGUUUAUUUGCAGUCAGAAUUGUAGAUAAAAUAGAAGGUUGUUUAAUGUUAUUAUCUAUUUUUAUUUAUUUUCAUUUACUUAAUUUUUAUUUAUAAUUCUAUAUUAUAACAUUUUACUUACUUAUUUAUUUAUUUAUUUAUUUAUUAACUGGACAAAAAAAAAAAAAAUCGAAUGCUAUUUUCUAGUAUUGUUUAUUAAUUAAAUAUUAUUAUUAUUAUUAUUAUUAUUAUUAUUAUUAUUAUUAUUAUUAUUAUCAUUUUAGUAAGUGAUUUUUCUUACCCAUGUGAUCUUAGAGUUCAGGUGGAAAAUCCAGUCAUAUAUUUCGUCGUUAUAACUUGGUGAUACGUAAUUUAGACUUCGGGCCGGAGGGAAACUGACGUAUUAUGUAAUUCGUGCUGUUAUUAGUAUUGUUCGUGUUAUUGUUAUGAUGAUGGUAAUGAUGAUAAUGAUGUGGGGAUGGUAUAAUGAUUUUGUGGUGAUAAUGAUGGGUGUUGGUGGAUAUGAUUUUUUAUUAUUA